AUGAUCAGCUCCAAGAAACUAGCUCAACUGUCCAAGAAGUGGCAAGGAAUGGGUGCGGUUGCUCGAAGAAGGGUCACAACAGUGGACAACAAGGAUCCAUCUUGCAGCAGCGUAGUUGCAGGGAAGGGCAACUGCGUUGUCUACUCUUCUGAUGGGAAGCGGUUUGAGAUCCCCCUCACUUACCUCCACACAAGAGUCUUUGCAGAGCUCCUCACGCUGUCACAGGAAGAGUUUGGGUACACGAGUGAUGAAAGGAUCACACUUCCUUGUGAUACAGCUGUCAUGGAGUAUGUGAUGUGUUUGCUGAGGAGAGAAGCCUCUGAAGAUGUCGAGAAGGCACUCAGUUCCAUAGUGAUGCCUUGCCACCAUCAAAGCAGAAUGGUGCAACCAUCCAGUGGAUUUAACAACCAAUUUGCUCUGUCUAGCUCCUGA